AUGAAUUAUUUAGCACCAAGCUCAAAGAAUAAUUCUUUCAACAUUUCAAAGUUUGGAGGACAACUUUUGAAUAAUUGUGAUCUAUUUGAAAAAUCUGAUUGCAGGUCGAUAAAGAUUAAAAAAUCUAAACCAGUCUUUAAAUUCCAACGUAUACCAGAAUUGAAUUCGGGUUCAGUAAAAGAAGCAGAAGCAAAUAAUUUUGACGAACUUGUUUAUAAGAAUCAUAAGGACACUUUGGUCGUAUUUUAUGCUUUCUGGUGCAGACGUUGCAAGAUGUUGGCACCAAUUUACGAAGAAGUUGGAAAAAUGAUGAAAAAUGAGGACGUAGAUAUUGUGAAAAUCGACGCUACCAGUAUUGAUAUUCCUAAAAAAUUUAAAGUUUAUUUUUAUCCGACUUUGUAUUGGUUACCCAAACUUUACAAAGAAAACCAUAUACGAUAUAAGGCUGGUAUAAAUACAAUUGAUCUAGUUAAAUUUAUCGCAGAAAAUUCCACAAAGGAACUUAAAGGAUACGAUCGUCUAGGAAACUCUAAACAUAUAAAGCAUUCAGAUACCAAAAAAAAUUGA